AUGUUUGAGACAAUUGCACGAAAGCCAAAAAUUGAUGCUUAUGACACAAAUGGUGUUGUCUUGGAAGACAUAAAGGGAUAUAUUGAACUCAAGAAUGUUCACUUCAGAUACCCUACAAGGCCUGAUGUUCAGAUCUUUUCCGGAUUCUCAUUGUAUGUUCCAAGUGGCACAACUGCUGCUUUAGUGGGCCAAAGUGGAAGCGGAAAGUCUACUGUGGUCAGUUUAUUGGAAAGAUUCUAUGAUCCUGGUGCUGGAGAAGUACUCAUAGAUGGUGUGAAUUUGAAGAAUUUUCAAGUUAGAUGGAUAAGAGAACAAAUUGGGCUCGUUAGUCAAGAACCUGUCCUAUUUGCAACUAGUAUCAGAGAAAACAUAGCCUAUGGAAAAGAAGGUGCAACUAAUGAGGAGGUUACAAAGGCAAUAAAACUUGCCAAUGCUAAAAAGUUCAUUGACAAGCUGCCUCAAGGCCUUGAGACAAUGGCAGGCCAGAAUGGGACUCAACUUUCUGGUGGGCAAAAGCAAAGAAUUGCAAUUGUAAGGGCAAUUUUGAAGAACCCAAGAAUCCUUCUUCUUGAUGGUUACGAGAGGCCUGCUCACACAGGAAACAUGCCCCUGCUUUUUUCAUCAGGUUUAUUCCUCUUCAUUUUUGUUUUAUAA